GUACGAGUGAAAGUCAUGGUCAUGGCAGCGAGAAAUCAAGGACUCUUGACUUCAUUCGCCUCGUCCUGCUCCGCAGGCCCCUGCCCCGCGUCCUCCCCAAAUCCUGCAGGGUCUGCUUCCACCUCUUCCACCUCUUCCUCUCCUUCCUCUGUUGACAUACAGAAUAGUAGCAGCGCUGUUCACGAUCAUCGCCAUCAUCGCCAUCACUGCGUCUCCGUCAGCCAUCGCAGCCUUGCCAAGUUUAGAGGGGCUCUGCUCCGUCCCUUGACCGUCAAGGGAUGGUGGCAGGCCCAGCAAGAGAAAGCGAAAAAGGCGAGCAGAAGCGGACAGAGGACUCGAGGGCCCCAUCUGCAUCCCCUUCCCCUCCACAUUCCUGGGCCCUGAGAAACGCAAUUACUGAUUUGCGAGGCGAGCGACGAGGGGACUUUCUCCGGGUGGACGUAUAAAGCCGUGGAAAGUUCUCCGACAUUUUGGACGUUUUCUGAUGUGAGUUUGUGAUCCGCCUCCUCGCGCUGUCGAGAGAGAGGGAAACAGGGACAUUGUGACAAGGGGUGGGGGCUCGGAGGGUGCAGCGGAACCAUGGUGCUGGGCAUGGUUCACGAGGCGGUGAAGGGAGCGGUUGCGGAUGUGAGGUCGGGGGUCACGGCCCGGGAGAAGAUCGAGAAGGCUGCGAGUCUGACGCGCACUUUUCUCCGAGAGUUGUUUGGGCUUUUCUCCAGCGCGCCGUACGCUGUUUUCACCAACUCGGUGUGGAGAAAGCCCGAGCAGUACCAACAGCGAUGGCAUUUCAAUCUCCUCCGCAAUGUGAGAUACGGUCCUGCAGAGCGCAAUUUGUUAGACGUGUACACUCCUUCGAGCUGUACCAGUAAGAGCUCUCUGCCAGUGGUUGUGUUCGUCCAUGGUGGAGUCUGGGCAAGCGGUGACAAAUCUCUGUUCAGUCCGGUGGGUGCAAUCCUUGCUCACCACGGAGUGAUCGCUUUGUUGGUGCAGUACACUUUAUUUCCCCAGGUGCCUGCAAAAGAGCAAGUGAAGGAAAUAUCCAGAGCUCUUUCAUGGGCCCAGGACAAUGUCAAGGGAUACGGAGGCAAUCCAGACAAAGUACAUAUGAUGGGGCAUUCGUCAGGUGCUCACCUCUGUGGGAUGCUGCUGUGGGAGCGAGCGAGGCGCAAUCUCAGUUUCAAGAAGGACGUGGUUUCUUCAGCCGAGCCAACGGAUGCAAGGCAGCCAAGAUGCUAUAUAGGCUUGUCGGGUGUCUACAACAUCGGUGAGCACUACAAAUACGAAAUGUGGAGAGGAGUAGCGCCCAUUUCCUGCAUGACUCCAGCCAUCGAAGGGCCCAAGCACUUCUCAUCCAUGUCCCCAGAACUGCUCUUCCGUUCUCUGCUUUCUCUGAAAAUGAACCAGCACGUUCAGGACAUGGACCCGAAUCUAGAAGACCUGAACACCAAAGACUUCGACUGGGACUCUUGGGCCAGUUCUCUUCCACCUUUUCUCUCCAUAGUCAGCGACAUCGACAAAACAGUUCCUCCAGGCACGUCCAUCAACUUCAACCAUGUGCUGCAGGAGCUGGGGUGCAAGUCUGGUGUCACAAUCCACGAAAAACUCAAUCACGACGAUUUUGUGUGCUGGGUCAAGGGUUUCAAGGGUCAAGAGAACCUCGCUGCCCAGGAGGUGAUUAGCAAUAUUCUAGACAUCGUCAAGGGAGAGGAUGAAAGGUCUACAUUUCUUCAUUCUGAGGUGCUUGCAACGGAUUAGCGACAGUCAAAGUCAUUGUUAGAAUUUUGAUUCUGUUACCUCUUCCUACGCUACGGCCCUUCUGUAUAAAGCAUGAGUCUAUCAUUACCCUUCAAUUCUUGUGUCUUAACCACCGUUGGUUAAUACCUUUCUACAUUGGAGUUGGAUUGUUGGAUUGUGCUUUUCAGCCUUUUGACUCUUUGGGUCCUACGGGCUUGAUCUAUUUACCAUUUACAUCCUUCGAGUUUUGUCUUU